AAAUACCUUCAUUAUUGCCAAUUAGUGCAGAAUAGUAUGAAAGAUGAGCCAAUUGCCUGGGCCUGGGGGCUCCACAAACAAGUGAAUUGAUGGUGUCAGUCAGAAGAAAUUCCAGAUUUCAGAGCCAGGAGGGGCCACUAGAUCACAGAGUCUGACUUCUUGAAUAACACAGCCAUUACUUUUACUCUGUUACUUGUAUCUUCAUAAUAUCUCCCUUCUCACAGAUGGAUGAUUAGGCAAGAUAAUGGGAAAACAAAGGGAAGCAGAUCUGUCUCCAAAGAUACAAAACAGCUACAGCGUUGGUACCCUGACACAGGAGAACAAUGACAUUUGCUGAUGCCCUUCUAUCAACCUCACAGCCUGGUGGAGCAGCCCAGAUGCUCCAGUGGUCUUUCUCACAUCAAACAGCAUGUGCCUAAAUGAACCAGUGAAGUCCAGGCUGCAGAGCAGAGAAGACAAUGAUGAUAAAUAUUAUGAGAUUAAAGAUAAUAUUUUGGAAGAAAAGCAGAGAAGUCUCAAUUUUGAAGAAAUGGAAGACUGGAGAUCAAAAGAUAUCAUUAAAAUGAAUCCUUUUGCAGCAAGCAAAAUGCCAAACUCAGUUGCUAAUUUACCUCUUAGAUUUGGAAGAAAUUAUCCAGAGGAAAGAAGCAUUAAACCAUUUUCUAAUUUGCCCCUGAGAUUUGGAAGAGCUUUUGGAGAGAACAUACGUAAUCAUGCUCCAAAGGUAUCACACAGGCUUGAGAGAUCUCCACUCGUCAAAGGUUCCAGUCAAUCACUUCUAAAUUUGCCACAGAGGUUUGGAAAGUCACUGGCUGUCAAUCUGCCUCAGGACGUUGAGGAAUUUGAACCAGGAAUAUGAAUUCUAACAGUUACACUAAUACUGGAAUGAAAUUAUGAAGACAGAAUUUGAAAGACUUGGAAAAGCUGCAAUGUGUUUUCAAGACUAAAGGUCAUGAAAAGGAAACAUGUGAAUUGAAAUGCAAACCUGCCUUCAUGUAUGCAUAAUGUAUUUUUUCUGUACAAACCCUUGACAAAUAAGGCAAUGAUACUUGUAGUGAUUGUUGUAGUAGUUUACUUCAGUGGCAGUGUAGUAUAAAUUCUAUUUAUUUCUGUGCUACUUAUGUCUUUUUGGCUGUAAAACCAAAUUUCAGAACAAUGGCUGUAUAAUUUACAGCAUUUUAAGCAGAAUUAAAAGAAGCAUAAAAUUAAUAAAGAUGCAUGAUUCAAAUAAAAAGAAGCCUAUGAUGUGAAUAAUAAUGAGAAGCAGGAUCAAAACUGCUGAUAACCUUUAUGUCAUGAGCAGCUAAAUAAAAUCAAGUGUUGAGAAAACA